AUGAUUUCAAAACCUUUAAACAGACAAGUCCUUUUUGCAUCUACCCAAAUACGCCGUUAUGCAAGCAAACAACAAGCAUCUCCUUCAUUAAAACAAUGGGCAACCGAGCACUCCCCGCAGUUUGUCACCGACUUGAAAAACCAAACAAUGCAAGCAGCUUCAACGUUGAAUAAAAAAACAGGCGAGUUUCUCUACGAGGGAAUCGACGUGGCACAGCUUGUUAAACAUCGCAGUGAUGCUAUUCACAAGGUACACGAAGCUGAGCGUGGAUACAAGAGCUUGAAGGACAAGGGGGAGAAGGUCGAGAGUGAGCAGUGCCGUCCUGACGAUGGAUUGUAA